GAGCCGAGCCGAUGAUAUUAGCACCCCUUUUCACAACCAAUUUAUCUUUAGAGAUAUCUGUGCCAGGACCAGGCGACAAUCUCACAUCUUUGCGCUCCAACCUCCAAGCAGAAGUACCACCAUUUAAGAUCGAGUAUGAGGGUUUAAUUACAACGCCGGAUGGUUCGAAAACAAAC